UUCAAUAAAGUUUCAAACAAAAAAAAAAGAAGCCAUCACCUUCUGUUUGCUAAGUAGCUAUCUGCACGGUAAAGUGGGUGUAAUGGAAGGAUGCGGACCCCCAACCUGUGCUGAAUAACGUGCCCGGUUUAUCUCGAACCCCCUUAAAACCGUAACGAUGUUCGGCCGGUCACGGAGCUGGGUUGGAGGACAAGGAAAAACGAAAAACAUCCACUCCCUGGACCAUUUAAAGUAUAUGUACCAUGUCCUGACCAAAAACACCACAGUGACAGACCACAACAGAAACCUACUAGUGGAAACCAUCCGCUCCAUCACAGAGAUCCUUAUCUGGGGUGAUCAGAAUGACAGCUCUGUUUUUGACUUCUUCCUGGAGAAGAACAUGUUUGCCUUCUUCCUGAACAUCCUGCGCCAGAAAUCGGGACGCUACGUGUGUGUUCAGCUCCUCCAGACCCUCAACAUACUGUUUGAGAACAUCAGCCAUGAGACCUCCCUGUAUUAUCUCUUAUCAAACAAUCACGUGAACUCCAUCAUUGUCCACAAAUUUGACUUCUCAGACGAGGAGAUCAUGGCCUACUACAUCUCCUUCCUUAAGACCCUGUCCCUCAAACUCAACAACCACACGGUGCACUUUUUCUACAAUGAGCACACUAAUGACUUUGCCCUGUACACCGAGGCCAUUAAGUUUUUCAACCACCCAGAAAGCAUGGUCCGCAUCGCAGUCCGCACCAUCACACUCAACGUCUACAAAGUUUCAUUGGAUAACCAGCACAUGCUGCACUACAUCCGAGAUAAGACGGCAGUCCCUUACUUCAGCAACUUGGUCUGGUUCAUCGGCAGCCAUGUCAUUGAACUGGACAAAUGUGUGCAGACGGAUGAAGAACAUAAAAAUAGAGGGAAGUUGAGUGACCUGGUAGCCGAGCACCUCGACCACCUCCACUACCUGAACGACAUCCUCAUCAUCAACUGUGAAUUCCUUAAUGAUGUUUUGACUGACCACCUUCUCAACCGCCUUUUCCUGCCUCUCUACGUCUACUCUUUGGUCAGCCCAGAGACGUCUGACGACCGAAGGAUCAACCCUCAGGUUUCUCUCUACCUGCUUUCUCAAGUGUUUCUGAUCAUCCACUAUCAGCCGAUGGUCAAUGCCCUGGCUGACGUCAUCCUCAAUGGAGACCUGUCUGUCUUCACCCCGCAGCCAGACACGCACAGCACACAUAAGAACACGGCUAGCUCAGGAGGUGUACGUCGGUUCGCAAAGCCCCCAGAGUCCCUGGAGCGCUCCCUGGAGCUGUCCCGCCACCGUGGCCGCAAGAGAACCCAGAAAAGGCCAAACUACAAGAACUUAGGCGAGGAGGAAGACGACGACAGGGCCGGGGGAGGAGGAGGAGGCGGCGGCGGUGGAGGAGGAGAGGAAGGCUGGGAUGACGAAGGCCGAGGUGGAGAGAGGGAGAAGGGAAAAGGUACAGAGGGAGUAGGAGGAGGAGGAGGAGGGAGUUCUAAGGGAAGCAGAGCGAGUGGGGAGACGGCGGAAGAGAUAGAGAUGGUGGUGAUGGAGAAGUGUAAGGUAUCAGAGCUGACCGAGCAGAACAUCACUGACGAGGAGAAGACAGCUGCAGCCACACGCACACACAUGCAGAGGAGCAGACCAUUCUUAGACAUGGUGUACAGCGCUCUGGACUGCACUAAUGAUGACUACCACGCCUUGUUUGUUCUCUGCCUGCUGUACGCUGUGUCACACAGCAAAGGAAUCAACCGAGAUCUUCUGGAGCGUCUGCAGCUGCCUGUUCCUGACCAGGAGAGGAGCUCCUACAGCCUGGUGCUGGCAGAGAGACUCAUCAGAAUCAUGAACCAAGCAGCACAGCCAGAUGGUAAAGUGCGUCUAGCUACCCUGGAGCUGAGCUGCCUUUUAUUAAAGCAGUCGGUGCUGUCUGGAAACAACUGUAUCAUCAAAGAUGUACAUCUGGCCUGUCUGGAGGGUGCCCGAGAAGAAAGUCUGCAUCUACUGCGCAGAUUCUACAAAGGCGAGGAGAUCUUUCUGGACAUGUUUGAAGAUGAAUACAGGAGCAUGACGAGUAAACCUCUAAAUGUGGAGUAUCUCAUGAUGGACGCUUCAAUACUGCUGCCACCCACCGGGACUCCUCUGACGGGCAUUGACUUUGUCAAGAGGCUGCCCUGUGGCGACGUAGAGAAGACACGCAGGGCUAUCCGUGUGUUCUUCAUGCUGCGGUCCUUAUCGCUUCAGCUUCAGGGAGAACCUGAGACACAGCUGCCUCUGACGAGACCCGAGGACCUUAUCAAGACAGACGAUGUGUUAGACCUCAAUAACAGUGACCUCAUAGCCUGUAUGGUGGUUAGCAAAGAUGGCGGCCAAGCCCAGAGGUUUCUCGCAGUGGAUGUGUACCAAAUGAGUCUGGUGGAACCAGAAACCAAACGUCUAGGGUGGGGGGUCGUCAAGUUCGCUGGGCUUCUGCAGGACAUGCAGGUGUCUGGUGUUGAGGAUGACAGCAGGGCGUUAAACAUCGUCAUCCACAAGCCCAGCUCCAACCCGCACGCCAAACCCCUCCCCAUCCUGCAGGCCAACUUCAUCUUCGCCGACCACAUCCGCUGCAUCAUCGCCAAGCAGAGGCUGGCCAAGGGCCGCAUCCAGGCCCGACGCAUGAAGAUGCAGAGGAUCGCAGCUCUUCUGGAUCUGCCAGUGCAGCCCAGUGCAUCUGAGGUAUUGGGUUUUGGCCAGACAGCCAACGCUUCUCCCAGUGCUCUGCCUUUCCGGUUCUAUGAGCAGUCAAGACGAGCACCCAAUGACCCCACAGCCAAUAGAUCCGUGUUCGCCUCCGUGGAUAAAGUACCAGGAUUUGCAGUGGCUCACUGUGUCUCUCAGCACAGCCCCUCCCCUCUCUCAUCCCCUUCGCCCCCCUCCAGUGGGAGUGGGAGCACAGGAAGAUGUGACUCUGUUACCACGAGCACGAUAUCAGCUCAGAGCCCCACAGAUGACAGCACAUUUCUGGAGCAGACUCCUCCCUCCUCCUCGGUCGGAGAAGGUGACGGAGGAGGUGGAGAAGCAACAACAGUGUCUUCUACUCCAGUCACAGCUCCCACCCUGGCCCCCAGCCUCACCCCAGCCUCCCAGCCCACCAUCUCCCUCCUGACCGACAGCACCACAGACACCCUCAGCGUGGAGUCACUGACACUGCUGCCCCCCACGGACCCUCCCCACCUGCACCCCAUCGCCAGUCUCAUUUCAGCAACGCUGCCCCUCCAGAGACCAGAUGCCUCCAUUGCAGAAGAAGAGGAGGAGGAGGAAGACGCAGGAACAAAAGGAGAAGAGGAGGAGGGGUCGCCGCUGGAUGAGACGGAGACGGAUGCAACAGUAAAGGAGGAAACCACAACGACGGAGUUGGCCACGCCCACUGAGGAGGCUCCAGAGGGUGAAGACAUGCCGGCUGAAGAGAACAGAGAGCAAGAAGGAGGCGAGUCGACAGCUGCGGAGAUAGAAGAUGCAGAGAGAAACACUGAAACACCAGACUCACCUGAACUGGAUUAAACAAACACGUUAAUAUUCAUGCACUGAAUCUGCUCCUUCACACACACAGAACAGAGAGGUUUGAUAGUUAAACUUAAUCCAGCUGAGCUGCAGGAUAUUUUCACACAGGGCUGUGUGUGUCAGAGUCCGAGGGUCUUUUGGAGGCAUCUCAUCUUUUGUGUUUGCACAUGAAGAAAGACAACAGAGGACGACAAAUGUCAGAGGAACUUAAAGUUGGCUUAAAGCACAUUUAUGUUUCUCUGCACUUCAGUUUAAGUGAGCGUGUGCGAGGACACGCAACCAGCAACGUUUUUUACUCAUUCUGAUCGAUUGUUGACACAAACACACACAUGCUGCUGCUGCUGUGAGCUUUUUCUCUGCUGGUAAGGUUUUAAAGACGGGUUCUUUUUCUGUGUCUUAUGUUCAAAGAGCAUUUCACCACUCCUGUAGGAAUGCACAUAGAAACACGGUGCACAUAGAGACAGCUGCACUCGCCUUUCAGCACCUUGGUGAGACCUGCUAACAGUCCCUGCCAUCAGUUGAAUGUGUGCAGGGCUCAAAUAUCUGCUGCUUUGCUUGUGAGUGAGUUCUGCAUUUUUUUCAGCUCUCAUUGUUUCACAUCUGAAGUCAUGCUACAUGCAUUUCCCUUUUUCUUAUAUACACUACAAAAACUCAAAUCUUAAUUUUUUUGUCUAAUUUCUGACAAAAAUUCAGGUUAAUUCAAUAAAACCUUUAUUUAUUCUCAAAAGGACAGUGAUGUUUCGCCCGUUUCCAACACUUAUUCAGAGUGCAAGCGCAUCAUAAGAAGCAAAACUUAAGAAUAAUUGAAUGCAAUCACCAAAAUAACAGAAAUCAGAGCUCUUACAACUGAAAACAAAGAAGGUAGAAAUUGAAGUCCUGAAUCCUGCAAAAAGAUCUUAUUUCACUGUUUAAAAGCCUUAUUUAUUCGACAUAUUCAGACAAACAAAUACAGUAAAAUUCACAUUAUAGGUUGCACAAUCCAGGUCAAACACUGCAUUAACUAAACUCUAUAAACCAACUUCAGACUGUUUACCAUCCACCUCUGUGAACCAUCCUAGAUAAAUAGUGCCCUUGUGGCAAGUUUAGAUGUGCCGUGGGAAUUUAUACAACCAAAUGCUAUUUCUACAACAGCACAAAAACUAAAGAUAUUUGAAUAUGUUAAAGAAGCUAUUUUGCAUAAAUAUGAACAUGGUGUGCCACAAGAUUUUGGCUUGAUCUUUGGUGCACCUUGGGCAAAUUAUGUGUGAAAACCACCAGAGUACACAGUGUCAGAUGGCAUGCAAUCACCUCUGGCUGCUGCACAUGAAGUCAUGACAAUGCAUGACUCAGCACUUUCUACUGGUAUACUGGUUACACCAGUCUAUCACAACCACUGUUUUCAGUGGAAAAAUAGGAAUUGACAGUGUGUCUGAUACACUGGAUAUAUUUGUUUGCAGUUAGUUAAAAUAGCUGUCAAUGCAGAAAGCAAAAUUUACAUCUCAAACUCUUGAAAUGAAGUGUCAUGUUUGAAAAAAAAAGUAAUGUGAUAUUUUUUGUAAGAAAUUAGACAAAUACACUUGCUAAGAUUUGAGUUUUUGCUGGCUCUAAAUUCAAAUUAUACAUUAAACCCGAGGUUCUCAACUGGUCUGGCCUCAGGACCCUCACCAACCUCCUUAGUGAGAAAUUACAGCAGUUUCUGAAAGUUUUCAACCCUAUUUGAUGAAAAUGUUACUUUUUGGACCUUAAAUGGAAAGAACAGGAUUGAACAAAGAGACAAACAUGUUCAAGACCUCUGUUUCCUGUGAUAACGUGCAUUUUGGUUGUUUUCAAAAAUAUAUCAAGAAAUUAUAUUAUAUUAUAAUUAUAUUAUAAUAUUAUCACAUGAAACCAGCUUUAUUUUGCCCAGAUAAAAGAUUAGAAAUAAUCCAUUAUCACAGCAAAGAAAAAUCCAAUAAAAAUAGAUUUUAAGUCCCAACCCACCAGUUGAGAACUACUACCCUGCUACUCUGUUAUCUUGAACAGGUUUCAUGCUGCAGUUGAGGCUUUUGUUAUUGAAGUGAUGCAUGAAGCCGUCUGCUAUAAACGUGUACAUGAAUUCAUCCCCUCAUGCAGAAUGAGGUGUGAAAGCAGCUUCUUGAUUGUUAUAUACAGUUUGGGCAGACAGUUUAGCACAUGUUGCCUGAGUGAAGUGUUGACAGGCUUUUUUUUUUUUUUUUUUCUUUUUUUUUGCAGAUAUACAACAGCAGAUAAACUCUGACCUGGUUGGAUCAGCUUUUAUGUUUGAUAUGAGUUUAUUUAUCAACCACCUAAUUGACAGAAUAAAGGAGAUCUGGAAGGAGCGCAAAAGACGCCUGAAUUCUCGGCACCUGAGUUAUGCAUAAUGAAUAUCAGCUCACUGAGUAGUAGUAAAUAAUUCACUGCUUGUGCAGGCUUCAUUCAUUCUCUACAGAUAGUGUUACUCUCUGUAGCAGCAGAGGUGAGCUGCUGUGUCACUGAUUGGAAAUUCUCUUAUGUUUAGAAAUAUAUUCCUGCUUGAUGAUUUAAGUAUAUGACGCAGCAUAAGAAUUAAUUAGAUGUAAUUGAAAUAACAGCCGUGUUAUCAGGUCUGCACUUCCCAACAACACCUCUGGGUUGAAUGUAUCUGCCUUUUGCCCCUAAGAUGCUGACCAGAGCUUCUUUUCUAUUUGGAGUGAUGGUAAAGAAAUGAUUUGUCUCAACUAUUUAGAACCUAAAAUCCUCAUAGGUAAAAUUCCACAACUAUUUUCUGGAGAAAAAACAUUUAUAGGGAUGCACAGAGUUAAAUUUUUAGAUUUAAGAAUUUUUCUUCUCUUUCUGUCUCUGGGCACAUCCGGCCAAUGUCUGAAUGAUAAAUAUCAUUAAGGUAAGGGAAAUACAACAGUGAUCAAACAUAAACUUCACCUGGGUGUCACACAUUAGUAGAUUAAGAGAUCGGUGCUAUCCCUGAUCAAUUUAGUGCGCAGUGUUUGCUCACUUUGUCUCUCUCUCUCUCUCCCCUACUCACUGAAACGCACAUAAACUCUCAUUACAUCUGUCCCGUAAAUGCCUUCGUUGUUAUGGAACCGCUCUUGUCAAAUGUCAGCUCCUGCCAUUGUUUAGUUUGUGAUUUUAUGUCAAAACUUUAAAGUUCCCACGGUGGCUCCAAUCAGGAAGUAAUAAAUGUUAAACCUCCUCAUGCGGAUCAGCUGUUUUCAAAUCAGAUCGCAGGUGAAAAACAAAGAGACAAUGUAUGUUUUAAGGUGAUUUAAUAAAGGUUAGGCUACUGGUAGUAGCACUGAGGCAGGAACACUGUGAGAAGUGUAGGGGGGCCUCAUACCAAAGUAUGCCUAGGGCCUCACUUAGUCCAGAGGCGGCCCUGCUAGAGGCAUUGAAAAGUAUGAUGUGGCGAGUGAAUUUAAGUCUACAGUAAGUUUGAGAUCUCUGGCUUUGCAACCUGAAAACAAAUGCUCAGAAUACGUGUUCAUUUGCUGUGAUUGCUUUGAGCUAAGUGGGGAAGGGGCCUUAUGUUGGUCUUUGUCUGGGGCCUCCAAAUUACCAAAACCAUCCCUGGGUAUGAGUUGACAACGCUAGUUAGCUAGCGCUGCAGAACAACAGCCUCAACAUGACAUUGUGCUAGCGUUACUAGCUAUAUAAUGCUAGUGAAUUUGCAGUUAAGUAACAUAUAUAAUGACACUGCACCAUGCAGGGUCUGUAAGAUAUUUUAUGGUCAAACGUGGAAACAAAUUUUGGCGGUUUGGGUGUUAUACAUCAUCCUGGGAAAGGUCAGCACUUUUUCAGGGACAUCUCAAGAAGAGGGGCUACAAGCAACAACAAAUGCGUCCAUUUGAGAAAAAAAAAAAGUAUGAAGAACCAUUCAGUGUUAAUUUUGUUGACUAAAACUCAGACUAAAAAUGUUGGUCAACAGCCUUUUUUCCAUGAAAAAAACUAGACUAAGACUAACA